AUGGACGAUGGGUUCAACCUCCUGCCACAGGUCUCAGGAACUGGAAGCGAUGGCACAGGCUCUCAGCAGGCCAAGCCUCCCCGAGAGCCCGAGUCAACCGCUCCGGAGGAAAAGCGCACCGGGGACGGCUGCUUCGCGCGGCUUGCGAACAACGAGCGGUUCCAGCACAUCACCCUUGGUGUGAUCGUGCUGAAUGCUCUCUGGAUCUUCGUGGACGUGCAAUGGAACCACUCCGCCCUGCGCGGCGAAGAUGGCAGGCUCCCCUUGGAGCCCUACAGCAUCGCCGUGGAGAACGCGUUUUGCACCUACUUCACGUUGGAGGUCAUCUGCCGGUUCCUGGCCUUCCGGAAGUUCAGGUAUUGCUUCAUCGACGCCUGGUUCGUUUUCGACCUGACCUUGGUGAUCUUCAUGGUGUUGGAGACCUGGGUUCUGGCCUUGAUUGAGCUGGCUUCAGGCGGCUUCAAUGCGGGCGGCGGGGUGUUGAGCAAUCUGAGCAGCUUCAGGCUCCUGCGCCUCCUGCGGCUCACGCGCGUGGCGCGGCUCAUGCGCUUUUUCCCAGAGCUGCUGACGCUGGUGAAGGGCAUGGUGCGGGCCAUGCAAUCCGUUGGCUUCAUUCUGCUCUUCAUGGUCGUCGUCACCUAUGUCUUCGCCAUCGUGUUUACCAGCCAGCUGGGGGAAUGGGACUAUGUGCCGCCGGCCGAUGCGGAGGACCCCACAGCCAAGGAGCUGUUUGGCGAUAUGGGAUCAUCCAUGAUGACUCUCUUCACCAACGGCGUGCUCGUGGAUGACUUGACCUUCACGCUAACGGAGAUCCGGAAGGAGAUCUUAGCCUUGAUGUGGGCCUUCAUGGUGUUCAUUAUCAUCUCUGGCAUGACGUUGCUGAACAUGCUUAUCGGCGUGCUUUGCCAAGUCAUUGAGGAUAGCUCGCGGGAGGAGGCCGAGGCGCGACAGCUACACGAGCUCAAGAUGUGCUUGGUGGAAGCUUUCCAAGCCACGGAUGAGUCGCAAGAUGGCCUCAUCAAUGAGGAAGAAUGGGCAAAGAUUGCGACCAAUAAGAAGGUGCAAGCAGCUUUGCUCAAGCUUGGUGUGGAGGACAGCAUGAUGGAGGAACGGCUCAAGCAGAUGCAGGAGAGCCUCUUCGGGCGCCGCAACGGGACGGAGGCCGCGGAGGCUGAGGCGGCUGAGGAGCCGGAGCGCCAGGAUGGACUCUCCUUCGAGGAAUUUGUGGAUCAGGUGGCAGACCUCCGCAUGGACACUCCUGCGAGCGCCAUGGAAGUCGAAAUGCUGAUGUCAGAUUUGGCAACUGAGCACAAGACUCUGAGAAGGAGACUUGCUUACAUGGAGGCCGAGCUCCGAAAGAUUGCGGGCAUCCGUGAGGAGACCUGUGUGCGAGCACCGGUUGAGGAGCGUCAGCGAAUCGAUGGGUUGGUGUCGUCCUUUUCUGCUCCGUCUCCGUACCGGUCGCAGGGUGAUGAGCAUGGCGCAGAGACGCCGCAGGCGGAGGCUGGCUCGCACAGGGGAUUGACCAACCGGAAAAGCAACCUCAAGCGACAGGAGCAAACUCUGAUGGCGAGGCUUGCCGUUUCUUUUGCUGCCAUUCUCCUUUGGGCUGCAGCCAGCAACGCCGCCAACGCCCCCGACAUCUCCAAGGGCCAUGUCACAGUCGGUGCGAAUCAGACGGGUGCAAAGAAGCCGGGCACGAACGAUCGGUCUCUUCUCAAUGUGAAGCGCAUGGGUGGAGCAGCCAGCAACGCCACCAACGCGACCAACGCCCCCAACGCCACCAACGCCACCAACGCCUCCAACACCCUAAACGGUGGUGAGGUGACAGUCGGCGCGAAUGAGACGGCUGCGAAGAAGCCGGGUUCGCAAGAUCGGUCCCUUCUCAACGUGAAGCGCAUGGGCAAGGUGACCAUUCUCCAUGUAAGUGACACUCAUGGCCUUCAUUGGCAAGUAGGAAACCUGCCCAACGCCGACAUUUUCAUCCACUCCGGAGACGUGGGCCAGUCGGGCAGUGACGGCGAAUUCGGGGACUUCAACAACUGGCUGGGCAGCAUCAAGGGCAAGUUCAAGCACAUGUUCCUGAUCGCCGGGAACCAUGACUUCUGGAACACCAAUUGGCGCUUGAACCAGGGCUGGCUCUCCCCGGGAGCAGCCUGGGAUCCCAACUACUUCCAGUACAAGUUCACCAACGCCCAGGUGCUGAAGCACGAGAUGGUGCAGGUGAUGGGCCUGAACAUCUGGGGUGACGGCUGGAAACCCCAGCGCGGCGACUCCGAUCCAGGGAACAACUACCAGGACCUGCCUUGGGGCAUCGACGUUUUGGUGACCCACGAAGCGCCGUACGGCAUCUUCGACCAGACGGGGGGCGGCAACUGGGGCUCCAGCCAUGACCUGCUGGCGGCCAUCUGGGAGAAGAAGCCCAAGGUGCACCUGUUUGGGCACAUCCACGAGCAGCGUGGCCACUGGGACAAGACGGCCUCCGGCUGGUAUGCCGGCGGUUCAGAGUACCGACCCAACCUGUGGAAUCCCCAAGUCUUCAAGCCCAACGUGCCGCCGCCCCAAAACUACCCGGUGGAAGUGGAGUCCAACAACGCGAUGGCCAACCAACCCCUCGUGGAUAACAGCUGGGGGGCUGGUAUGUCAGCUCAGCACCUCGUGGGCCGGCCCCGCCUCAUCACCGGUCAGCUCUGCACCGACGGUUGGCAUUUCUCCUCUUGGAUUCCUUGA